AUGGAAGUCCUACAAGUUAAGAUUACUUCACCUUACAACAGCCUUCUCUGCUCCAGCAAUGCCAGUUUGGUCGAUCAGAUUUACAGUUUGUCUAAAAUGCUGAAGAGCUAUGCAGAGCAGCUCUUGCAGAAAUAUCUGAACAGCCAAGGCUAUCCAUUUAACUGGUCAGGCUUCAAUCCCAAACUGAAGCCAAUUCCGGGACUGCCUGAGGCUGAGGAGCAAGUAUUAGAAAACCUUAGUAAAACAGAAUGUCUGCAGCAAGAUUAUAUAGCCUGUGUGAGCAUUUCUAAAUUCCUUGCCGUUGUACUGGAAGACCAGAAGGACUUAAAUCCACUGGAUACUGACUUUCUUAAAAGGCUUACAGAAAGUCCUGCUCAGAUACAAGGGAUGACUUCCAAUCUCAAUGAUAUUAUGACUGUUAUGAGCAUUCCCAUUCCAGAUGUGACAUUACAAUCUAUUCAGUCUCCUUCCUCAUCCUUUGAUAAGAAGGUCUUUGGAUACCAAGAUUGCAAGACGUAUUAUGAACAGAUGCUUUGGAUGGAAAAAGAGUUUGCUCUGAUGAACAGAAGCUAG